UUUCUGAUUUGAUCUCCAUUUUCUUUGUUUUCAUUAUCCUUUUGGAAUGGAUGUUGCCGAUAACCUUAUCGUAAAUUAUUUCCUGAUCACAGAGGCUGUGGCAAUUGUUAGUUUCCAGUUUAUUCAAUCAUACUCAUCGGUGCAAUCGAAUAUAGAUGAAUUUACGUCGCAACUCCUCGUCGAUUUACAAACAAAGUAUAGUUUAACGAGUCAACAUAUCAAGAAUAUUCAAAUUGUCUCUUCACCCAGUGGUCGCAUCCUAGUAACAUUUGAUAUUGAUAUAAACACAAGAAACAACACCCUAAUAGCAUCGAGAGACAGGUUGGAUAGAGAUUUAAUGGCGUCAAAUUAUGUGUUUGUGUUUACAAAUACAACGGGAACUCAAGAAGCCUUUCUGGUGGAUGGUAGCUCUGCAUCUUUGACACCAUCAUUCUGGGACGGAUGGCAUCAAUAUGCUCCUGAUAUAUUCUAUGCUGUACUGGUAGCACUGCUCCUCUUUGCUUUGUUCUCUGCCACAGUCUAUUGUUUGAUCGCCAAACAAAAGAGAGCAAAGAUGAAGAAGAGCGUUCACCAGGAGAAUAGAAUGACAGAUGGUCACGUGGUUGGAAUCGACAAUGGCGGAUACGAAGCAGAAAUGACACAAGUCUACAAAAUAAAGAAUACGAAAGCAUCUCCUAUUCCUGAUCAUCCACUCAGACAAAUAGAAACAUCACUCUCUGUGAUUUCGUCUUCGGAAACAACAGAACCUCAAUCUUCAGACCAAUGGCAAGCGCCCUCAUCGGCGGACUUUCAGUCACCAACAAAUCUUCAGACUCAAGAAUUAUUACAAAUUCCACCAUCUAUUUCACCCUCGCAAAUGCAUAGACCAUUAGAAACCCAAACAUAUCGGCUCGAUGAAAUCACUGAGACUCCAGGAGUAACCGAAUCUCGUCAAGGAGAAAAUCCACUUCAGGAGCCAUCAGCCACUACCUCUGAGAGUCCAAGUCCUUACAUUGUCCGUCAGACGGUCUCUAUGUAUGAAUCCAUUCAUCCGAGUCGAAGAUCAUCUGUUCCAAAGCAAACACCUUCAUUGAGCUUACCUCGUAGAUCUCAACAACUCGAUCAAUCACCAUUGAGUGUCUCGGCAAAGACUACAGAGAGUCCUAAACCUGAUGAAAAGCGCGCGACGUUACCGAAGGCCAACUGGAUAUCUUCAUUGCAAGGGUCUGUAAGGUCUAGUAUUCUUGGUUUCUCAUCGAGUACCGCAUCAUCAAGACGGCCAUCAAUCACUGGACCUUCUAUCUAUGCAAGGCUUCUUUAUGCUAGUUACUCGGUUCCACCUAAUAAGAUAUAUGAUUAUAUUUGAAAGAGAUCACCUUUACCGUGGAGUGGAAUGAUCGAACCAUUUUUGUUCAACACUAAAUCGGCUUUUUCGUAAUGUUUAUAGUGCAUAUAU